AUGUGUACCAUGGAGCCAAUGAUCCCCUUGAAGAGAAAAGACGGCGUCGGCACCGGAAACCGCUCGAUCGUCCACAGAGUGACCCCGACCAUCGUCGUCAAGCGGGUUUGCGACAAGGGCUUCUGGGAGGGCAUCCCCGAAGAAAGCUACGACAACGGCGAACACCCAUUCGCGCGCGAGCUCGCGUUCUACAAGGCCCUAAACAGCAGACAGGAUCGCUGCCCCGAGAUAGUCGCCUGUUUCCUAGCCCUACCAGACUACUUCUUCCUCUCAUACUGCGAGCUGAACCGGCUGGAUCUCCGCUACUUUGAGCGACAAGAGCGCGAAGUACGGCCCAGCGGCCUCCAUGGCCGUCUUAUCCGCGUGACGGGCUAUGAAGACAUCGGUCUCGUCGCUCGCUGGGUGAUCCAGGUAACCUCGGCGCUAGCAUACGUCGAAAAAAUGGGCUUCUGCCACAACGACAUUGCCCCGCGGAACUGCCUGCUGGAUCGGCACUUGAACCUUCGGCUUUGUGACUUCGAUCGCGCGACCACGUUCGGCCAGCCUGUGGAGGGUGUUGUAGGGCCGUGGGCUCGAAAGCUUAUCGCCGGACCGCUGAAGGGUUCGUAUGGGCUGUGCAGCGCGCGCACGGAGCAGUUUGCGACGGGGACGCUGGUCUACUACAUGGUGUAUGGAUGCGAGCCGUACGAAGACGAACUGGGACCGACUGAAUACGACAGUCUCCGCGAGGUGGGGCGGCGGUUUUCAAGGCUCGAGUUCCCGGAUCUGAACCGGAACGCUGUCCUGGACAAGUUCAUUUCUUCGUGCUGGCAUGAGGUCUUUCCGAAUAUGGCGCUCACGGCGUAUUACAUUAAACGUGCGGCGAAGGAUAUUGCGUUGGAGCCGCAUGUCGAGGAAGUCGAUUGCGGCAAAGGGAGGAGGGAUUGCGAGAGGCUGAUACGGGAUGGCUUGCUUGGGUCUGAGUUGGCGUUGAGCUUUCAGCCGGCGUGGAGAAGAUAUUUGCAUUUCUUUGUCGCGGGGGCGAGGGCUGUUUGGGAGAGACUGGUCUGCUUGUUGGGGCGAUCUUGCAGGAUGGCAGUGGCUGAUCACCCCCCUUCUUCUCCUCCUUCUCAGCCAUCGCAGCAGAGCGACGAUACCCCGCCCAGCUAG